AUGAAAUGGAUGGAUAUAAUCAAAAGUUGCUAGCCAACAAAUGGCUCAAAAAUUGCGCGACAAUUAACAACUGGCGGAGCAUGCGUGAAUUGGGACGUCGCGACGCACAAAUAUUCAGCGUCAAACGCGCGCGAUCUCUCCGACGGGAAGGAUGCGACGUUCCGUAUCGCGGAACACGCAAAACUCACGCACACCACCUGAUACGUUAUCACGUCUCCCAUCAUGAACAACACCACGGUCUACUGCGACUUUCAAAACUUUCACGACGCUUACGAGGAGGUGCACGGCCCGCUCAGCUUCCUCGUCUGCGUCUUCGGCUCCAUCGCCAACAUUCUCAACAUCUGCGUGCUGACGACGAAGGAGAUGAGAUGGCCCACCAAUUUGAUAUUGACCGGACUGGCGAUCGCCGACCUCUUGGUGAUGCUCGAAUACAUACCGUUCACCAUGCACCGCUACUUGGACGGUGACUCGAAGAAGUACGCAUCCCAUUUCACCUACAAGUGGGCGCUGUUCAUGAUUUUCCACGCGUACUUCAGCCUAACGUUCCAUUUCAUCUCGUGUUGCUUGACGGUGAUUUUGGCGAUAUGGAGGUACAUCAUCAUCACCAACCCACACAACAGCAACCAUUACUGCGGCAUGAGACGAACGUUCACCGUCAUCACAUUGUCUUACGUCCUUUGUCCCAUAUUAUCCAUGCCCAUAAUCCUGUCCCUCAAGGUCCUCUCGUACAACCAGACCACCACCUUCAGCGGCCGCAUAAUAGACCGCAUCGACCUCCCGUCGUACCACAACGACCAGAUAACCCACCAACAAAUCUUCUACAUCGACUUCAUCAGCGAGCGGCACCAGCAGGUCAGCCUCUGGUUGUACGGCGUCUUAAUUAAACUGGUCCCCUGCAUCCUUCUCACCCAUCUCUCGCACAAGAUCAUCUCGGUGCUCAUCGAGACGAAACGGAGGCGGAGGCUGCUCCUGAACGGGAGUCUGCCGUUGAAUAAUUUGACGGAGGCACGGUCGGUCUUGAGCAGGAAGUUCCAGAAGGACAGGCAGGCGGACCGCACGUCGGGUAUGUUGGUGGCGGUCCUCCUGCUGUUCCUGCUCACCGAGUUUCCGCAGGCGAUAUUGGGGUUGUUGAGCGCGACGAAGGGCAAGAGGUUCCAGGACGAGUGUUACCUUCGCUUGGGGAACAUAAGCCAGUAACUGACCAUCAAUAAUAGGAUUGGAUUAAAGGACGAUUUAUGACAUCGCAUAUUGAUAUCCGUUUUCAGUGCAGCUUGUUUGUGAGUGCAUUUUUGUGUUUGCUUUACUUAUACCAAAUUCAUAGAGUUUUUCGUAAUGUAAACAUUUCAA